AGUUGAAACACCCUCCUAGAGUUGAAAACACCCUCCUAGAGUUGAAACACCCUCCUAGAAUUGAAACACCUUUAAAGACCGCCUUUUUAUUCGGGACGUUAUAUCGACAUAGAAUUGUGUCG